CGCACACUCUUCGCCUCGCCGUCUGGACUCAGGAGCCUUCCGGAUCGGUGGGUCGGUGCGUAUCGGAAAAUUAAAUGACGGGCUACGACAAGAGCCGUCUGCGUCUGUGGAUCUUUUGAGCCCCGUGUGUCCUGCGCACGUAGCGGCUGAUCCAGACACACAGCCUGACAGGUCACAUCACCACUAUGCCAGAGUCUUCCCAUGAAGUCAAGAUCACUCCCAGCGGCUCUUUCGAAUGUAGAAUGUCUCCCCUGAGGGAGUUCGGCCAAUCACAGGCGCUCUCUCUGACGGUGCAUAGAAACCCUUGCAUGCAAGCCACCUUCUGCACGGAGGUCAACGUGCCAGAAUGUUUGUCAUACAUCAACCAGGAGGUUUCUUCCCUCGGCCUGCCCCCAGUUUGGAGCCAGUUAGCUGGAGGAUCGGAGCUGAAUGCGGUGGCGGCGCUCAACAGCAUGUAUGACCUAAUUCAGCUGCACCGCAGGGACCUGCGCACCUUGGAGGACAUGGAAGUGGAGCAGCUUAAGUCGAGCAGCAACGUAGAGUUCCUGCAGCUUAGUAACUCCAGGCUAAAGGACCAACUCGAGGUCUCCAAAAGGGAGAACACAGUACUCAAUGAGAGACAGCGCCAGCUACAGCUGAAAGUGAAAAGCUUGCAGAAUUGUCUAAAAAAUGAAAAAGAGGAGGUCCAAAAACUUCAGAACAUAAUUGCAAGCCGGGCCAGUCAAUACAAUCAUGACAUGAAGAGGAAGGAGAGAGAAUUCAAUAAACUGAAAGAGCGUCUGAAUCAACUCCUGGUGGACAAAAAGGAGAAAAAACAAGCUAUUGAAGUGUUAAACUACAUUGGAAGAGCUGAUGGGAAGAGGAGUCUUUGGAAAACUGGAAAGACAGAAGCCAAACACGAGGGAGAAAUGUACAAGACUCUACUGAGUGACUACGACAACCGGCAGAAGGAGCUGUUAGUGGAGAACGCCGAGCUCAGCAAAGUGCUGCAGCAGAUGAAGAGAGACAUGGUAUCCAUCCUCAGUUCAAAGAAGCCGACACUAGAAGGGAAGAAACACGAUGACGGUCCCGUACAGGCUGACUCGGAGGAGGAUGAGGAAGUGUUCGACUGUGGUAAGGAGAGUGUGGAACUGUCCUGCAUGCUGGCACGAGAGAAAUUGACUAACAGCAUUCGCCUGCAGUGGAGAAGACUGAAGAGCCAUGUCGAAAGACUGGAUAGCCAAGCAUCCAACGUGGACGCCAUUCCACGAGAGGCUCAUGAGCAGGAGAUGGACAGACUGAAACUCGAGAUCCAACAGUGCAAAGACUUCAUUCACACCCAACAGCAGCUACUGCAGCAACAGCUGAGCUCUCCGUGCGACGAGGAGAUGGCGUCCCUGCUGAACGACUGCUACAUGCUGGAGGAGAAGGAGCGCCUGAAGGAGGAGUGGAGGACUCUGGAAGAACAGAGGAAGAACUUCGAGAAGGAGAGGAGGAACUUCACCGAGGCGGCUAUAAGACUGAGCCAUGAGAGAAAGGCCUUUGAGGAGGACCGUGCUACAUGGCUCAAACACCAGUUUUUAAACUUGACGCCAUUUGCAGACUCAAAGAAACCCCCAUUGUCGAAGUCGAAAAGCGCCUUUUCAAUAUCUGAGUCCGAGGCCGGUGAAACGUCAUCUCCAGAAAAGUCAAACAAGCAUAAACCCGAGCCCCACACAACUUUCUCCACACCCAGAUUCCCUGCGGUCAAAAUGUCCUCCACGGCUGACCUGCACCGCGCCAUUCACCUAAUCCCAGAAAACAGUCCGAGCAUGAUGUCUAAACCAAAGAGAAGGAGUUCCUGCACACAGGAGUCGAGGCUUUUUCCUAGCAGCGAUGUUCCUGUCCAGCUCCACCAGGGGAACGGAGAGCAUCACAGGAGCCACACACCUCAUGGGGAGGAGGAGAAUAGCUCCGUAUGAAACUUGAAUGAUUAGUCAUGACAAUCUUUGCUGUCGAGACCCUGAGUGCCAUGUGUGGUACUGAAGAAGUAGAACUUAAUAGUUGAAGCCAAACUUUUAAGAUUUAUUUGUAUAAUCAUGAAAUGGUUAUAUAUAUAUAUAUAUAUAUAUAUAUAUAUUAAAAAGCUCAGGUGCGCCCCCUGAUGUUUUGUUUUGGAAACUGUCUAUGGAGAGAGAAUUUGUGUAAUUUAUUAGUUUCUUUUUUUAACAACUUAAUUUUUUUUUAGGUUUUGAUAAGUUUCUUUGUAUUUAAUUACUUUUUCUGUGAGCAUUGUUUAAAGAGUGAAUAAGCAAUCAUAUUUAGUCUAACUGUCUUCUGCAGUGUAUAAAGGAUAUAAAGGGGUGUAGAUAGAGAAUAGUGAUGGUGGUGUGGGUUAGACUGAAGGUGUCGAGUUUAGUUUCUUCUAACGCUGGCAUGUGGUCUUUCUACCCGCCUCAUAUUUUAUUGGUCUAACACUGGACACCAAGUGUGUGGCCCACGUCACAUGGGUCUCACCAUCUUUGAUUCCCCCCAUAUGACUUGGCAGUUCGGACAGGAUUGAUGAUAAUGUGCACUUUCCAUCCAUCCAUCCAUCCAUCCACUAUCCAAACCACUUAUCCUGCUCUCAGGGUCGCGGGGAUGCUGGAGCCUAUCCCAGCAGUCACUGGGCGGCAGGCAGGGAGACACCCUGGACAGGCCGCCACUUUCCCUCGUACAUAAAAAAAAAGCAAUGCUUUGUUCCCUUAAAGCUGCCAUGUCAUUUUUGGCGAAUUCAUCAUGACAUUCUGUUGUACGAUCCUAGACCCACAACAUCUUUUCAGAUCAAAACAUUAAAAAAAAGGUUUACUACUGCUGUACAACUUCAGCAUCUGUUUUGUAGCAAUUAUAUUUCUCCUUGCGCAGGGAUACACUUCAUGAUAUUUUCUGGUGUUGUAGAUGGGCAACCCCUGGUGGAUCAUGUGAUCAAAAAUAUAUAUUCUAUAUAUUCCUACGCCUCACUCUUUGUAUUGCUAUCCGCUUGGAAGCUUUUUGCCUGAGUGAAGUCUAGAGCAGUGGUUCUCAACCUUUUUGGGGUCCUGGACCCCCUGCAUAUUUUUAAUCUACCCUGAGGACCCCUCCACCUGAUCUUGGGGGAGGGGGGUUGCAAUUUGAUAGAAACAGUAGAAACUGCAUUUUAAAUUGCAUUAUAGCAUUUAUUCACU